GUCUGAGUAAGUGAGGUUCGGGGACCUCGAGCCCGCGGGGCCCGAGCUCCGGUCCGCGCCUUCUAGGAGGGUCGCGGGGAGCCGCCGGCUCCUCCAGGCGGAAGCUAAACCCUCCCGGGAGGCCGUUGGGGGAGCCCCGGGGCUAGUGCGGCUUCCCGGGGGGGGGGGGUCGUGCGGGGGCCGAGCGCCGGGGGUUGUGGAAGACCAGCCCGGGGCGCCGUGUCUGUCCGGGCUGCAGCCCUGCCGGCCGCCCCGACUCCGCUCACCCCUCACCAGGGGCAGCCAACUGAAGCCACAUACCUAUUUUGGAAACUAAGGAUACUUACAGAGAGCUACAAUGGAAAAGUCCUGGAUGCUGUGGAACUUUGUUGAAAGAUGGCUAAUAGCCUUGGCUUCAUGGUCUUGGGCUCUCUGCCGUAUUUCUCUUUUACCUUUAAUAGUGACUUUUCAUCUGUAUGGAGGCAUUAUCUUACUUUUGUUAAUAUUCAUAUCAAUAGCAGGUAUUCUGUAUAAAUUCCAGGAUGUAUUGCUUUAUUUUCCAGAACAGCCAUCCUCUUCACGUCUUUAUGUUCCCAUGCCCACUGGCAUUCCACAUGAAAACAUUUUCAUCAGAACCAAAGAUGGAAUACGUCUGAAUCUUAUUUUGAUACGAUACACUGGAGACAAUUCACCCUAUUCCCCAACUAUAAUUUAUUUUCAUGGGAAUGCAGGCAACAUAGGUCACAGGUUGCCAAAUGCAUUACUUAUGUUGGUUAACCUCAAAGUUAACCUUUUGCUGGUUGAUUAUCGAGGAUAUGGAAAAAGUGAAGGAGAAGCAAGUGAAGAAGGACUCUACUUAGAUUCUGAAGCUGUGUUAGACUAUGUGAUGACUAGACCUGACCUUGAUAAAACAAAAAUUUUUCUUUUUGGCCGUUCUUUGGGUGGAGCGGUGGCUAUUCAUUUGGCUUCUGAAAAUUCACAUAGGAUUUCAGCCAUUAUGGUGGAGAACACAUUUUUAAGCAUACCACAUAUGGCCAGCACUUUAUUUUCAUUCUUUCCGAUGCGUUACCUUCCUUUAUGGUGCUACAAAAAUAAAUUUUUGUCCUACAGAAAAAUCUCUCAGUGCAGAAUGCCUUCUCUUUUCAUCUCUGGACUCUCAGAUCAAUUAAUUCCACCAGUAAUGAUGAAACAACUUUAUGAACUCUCCCCAUCUCGGACUAAGAGAUUAGCCAUUUUUCCAGAUGGGACUCACAAUGAUACAUGGCAGUGCCAAGGCUAUUUCACUGCACUUGAACAGUUCAUCAAAGAAGUCGUAAAGAGCCAUUCUCCUGAAGAAAUGGCAAAAACUUCAUCUAAUGUAACAAUUAUAUAAUGUUUCCCUUUUUGAUUAUUGCAUUGUAUUUUAAUUUGUGCAGAAUGAUAAAGAAUGUUCCUUUUAGAAGUGUGUUAUGUCUGUACCUGUCUGAAGAGUGACAUUAAACUUUGAAAGGACUUCACUGCUCCUUUACAAUAUUCCAAAUAGUUUUUUACAUUGGAAAAAACUAUAAUUAUUGGGGUUAUUUCAUACAUUUUCAUCAAAACUUUCAAUGUGGUUAUGCAUUCAUAUCUUUAGUUUAAUAUGUCAGUAUAAUAGAUAUUGUUCAAAAGUUUCUUGUUGCUAAAGUGGUGUAAUCUGUUACACAGAUGAAUAGCUAGAUGUGGAAAGAGAUAUGUAAACAAGAAACCUUUGGGUAUUAUUUCUUAAGUAAAUAUUGGGACAAUCAUGGUAAGCAAACUUAGUUCUGUAACUGCAUUUUUCACCUUAAAAGUUAAAUGAAAUGCAUGACGGUAUUUUAUUCCUUGAAUUAUGCAAUGCAACAUUUUACAUGUAAAUAGCACUGGUCAUAUACUGAUGUAUAUGGUUAUCCGGGUUAUAUCUAUUUUUAUGUAAACUCUAUUUUGUUUUUUGGCAAGAAGUGAAAUUGAGACUUAUGUGCAGGUUGCCAUUGAAUUUUGCUCUGGUGAAUGCUGAGAUCCAGCUUUUUCUUACAAAUAAAUGGGACCCUGUUUUCCAAUAUAAAUGUACCGUGUUUUUGUUAGGUACAGUCUGGAUCAUGGCAUGCAGAAAUAGAAAUUUAGAAUUUUACUGCAGCUUUGGUGUGCAUAUUUGAACUUUUUAACAUUUGUAACUUUGGUGGCAAAGAGAAUUUUAGCUUCUAUCGAUUUUGUAAGUCUUCGCUGAACCACUAAUAGCAGUCAUAGUGAAGAUUAGCACUACUUAGAAUUAAAUUAGGAAGUCUUUUAUCAUUACAGGAUUGUACAUACUGCUUUAUAAAAAUUCUCACAUUUGAUUUUGAAUCCCAGUACCUAGUUAUAUCUAACCUAUCAAAGGAAAGAUAUCAUUUAUUGGACUUCUUGAAAAUAAAAGUUACAAAAUCCAACAACAACAACAACAAAAAAUGUUCUUGGUUUUAAUGUUCCAGUUGCUGUGAAAUAGAACUCCUACAAUCAAAAGACAGUUUUAGGAAGUCUUAUUUAUUUAUUUUAAAAGUUUUACAUGUAGGAGUGUGGAUGAAGGAAUUCUGGAGCUUUUUGACACAAAACCUAUUACCACAUUUAGCAAGUAAAUGGCUAUAGGUGGGAAGUAGGAUUUAGAUGUAUAGAAAAGUAAGAAAAUCUUGCUUAGAAAAAAGCCCCUUGAAACUUGCAGGAUUUACCUUAAUAAAAAUACACGCUAUGAGUCAUAAUUGUGCCAGGUUGUUUCAUGCAGUCCUCAAAAAUUAGAUGUAAUUGAGCUUUGUGUAAUAUUAUGUCAGCUUUAACAUAUAAUAUUUUGAAUAUUUUAGCUAUAUUUAGUGGCUUUCUGCAAGCAACUAGAACAGAGAAAUAAUGGGUCAGUAAUCUUGACCUCAAUUUAAAACUUUCAAUGGAGAUAGGGCUAGAAAUACUUUUGCCAAAUAGCAUUCUUAUUCACUUUAUGCCAGUAUUUAGAAAAAAUAAAUUAUAGCAAGUAAGAUUUCUAAGAAUAAUGUUUUUCUAUAAAUUACUAAUUGUAAAAAGUCUUGCUUUUUAAAACAAGUUGGUAAUGCAUAUCAUGGAAGGCAUAUUUUGUAUGUAUAAAUUCACCACAAUUAAAGACUAUUCUCGUCA